AGAGCUGUGUCAGUAAAACUGCUAUGUUAGCACAAAGAAUGGAAGUGGGAGGAAUUAAAAAAAGAAAUAAAUCCUGUGUUUGGGUAUAAAACUCUCAGGGUGAAGCAGCUGAAAGAAAGAAAACAGAAGGAGGGAGAGAGAGAGAAAGAAAAAAAUCUUUCAGACAAGGUGAAAGAAGGAGGAGGAAAAGUGUCCGACAGCUGCAGAGAGAGGGAGGAGGCUAAAACAAAACGGAGCUGUAUAGAGGUGAACGAUAGAGCGAGACAGAGUUGAAAGCAAUGUGAAAGGAGGAGAGAAGGUUGCUGUUGAGUGAACAUCAGGAGUUGUGUAUAUAUACAAUAAAACAGGGAGCUGGCUGAAAAGAAGAAAGAGAUUUAUGAAGUGAAGUGAUUUCAAGUGGAGAUGACUCUAACAGUGAUUCUGGCGGCUGUAGUGGGCUUCGGCGCUCUGUCUUCCUGUUACUCUGGCGAGAACACAACAAGACCGGCCAUCACAACAGCUGAUCUGUCUCAGGCGAGAGUGUUCAAUGAGGAGAUGGUUAGAGGGCGAGGGGACACUCCAGACAUCAUAGAACCUGAACCCACCACUGCCGUCUCUGAAAUGGAGAGCACUUACAACUACAUCCUGUCUAGACUGGCAGCGAUGGAUCAGGCUAUCCACAGGCUUAAUGUGGGACAUUACACAUUGGACAUUAAAGUUACACAACUGUUGGAAAGAAUGUCACGACUUGAGAAUAGACUAGGCGACACUGAGGAUGCUAUUCAACAAGUCUCGUCCUACUGCAAGGACAAUCGCAAAGAGAUUGGACGACUAGAGGGCUGCCAGAAAGGCCGUAAAAUUGGUUAUAAAUGCUUCCUGGCAUACCGUGCAUAUGAGAACUACACAGAUGCAUCCCAGAAAUGUCAGGAGCGGGGAGGACGCAUGGCUAUGCCACGAGAUCGCAAGGAGCAGGAAGCUUUGGCU